AUGAGGGUAUUAGUCGGUGGAUUUAUGUUGGCUUUGCUACUAUUUACAGCCGCUUUAAUGAAUUGGAGUUUGAUAUCUCUUGGGAACUUGCUAGCUUCUCUACUUAUUCUAUUCGUUCAUCUGGAAAAAGGAUUUCACUCAAGGGGGAGAGUGGUGCUAUGGUUUAUUGUUGUUUUCUCACUUGUUGCUAUCCUUUCACGAGUGACUUUUCUUUUGGCAUGGGCCAUUUGGUGUGGAAGAUGCAGUGCAGAAGAACCUCUGUGGGCGAAGAUAAUAGGAUUCAAGAUAGUCCAAUCAUGGAAAUCGCCAAUAGUAAUUUAUCUUUUGAUCUUGCAACUAUUAGCGGCGUUCAGUGCUUUUACUGAACUCCAUGAAAUCAGAUUACAUUUGUUCACAUGGGCAUCUUCAUUUUUGGAAAGUCUAGCAACAGCUGUAGAGCAAAUAGGUUCACAUGUGAAGGUUGCUUUCUUCUUGCUGUUGCCAGCAGUUCAGUUGGUUGUGGGUAUCAGCAACACUUCUUGGGUUUCUUUGCCAUUUUUCAUUUCUAGUUGUGUGGGUCUUGUGGAUUGGUCCUUAACAAGCAACUUUCAUGGCCUCUUCAGAUGGUGGAGACCUCUUUGGCUGUACGCGGGCUUCAAUAUUUUCUUUCUCUACGUCUAUCAGCUCCCACCACGAUUACCUAAGUUCUUGAAUGUGAUAGGUGAUUUCAUCGGUCUAUACAGAAUCUCUUCAGCAUCUGAUUGGACACAAAUUUGUUCUGGUCUUUCGCUGAUCAUAUUUUUCUUCGGGUUAUCUUUUGUCAAGAUUGACUUGGAGGAAAUGAAUUUCAUCAUGUCCAUGAGAGAAGGCAACUUGACCGAACAUCUUCUUCCAUCAAUGAAUUCUUUUUUCAUUCGUGAAUCAAGACCUGGUGAACGGGACACCAAUCUUCUGUUAAGGGGUGCAGUUUUUCGUACAUUCAGCAUCAACUUCUUUACCUAUGGUGGCCCGGUCUCCUUGUUUGCUCUUGCUUUAUGGAGCUUCUAUUAUGCAAGCAUAUGUGCAUUUGGAUUACUUGGAUAUGUCGGCUACGUUAUAUUUUCUUUCCCAUCCUUGUUUCAUUUGCACCGGCUAAAUGGGCUGCUCCUUGUCUUCAUUCUUCUGUGGGCUGUUAGCACAUAUAUUUUCAAUAUAGCCUUUUCAUGCCUGAACUGGAAAGUCGGAAAGGACACAGAGAUUUGGGAAAUGGUGGGGUUGUGGCAUUAUCCUUUUCCUGGCUUCUUUAUCCUUGCUCAGUUUUGUCUUGGAGUUUUAGUUUCCCUUGUUAAUCUUGUGAACAACUCUGUUUUCCUGUACAUCUCUGAUGAGGUCCACCAUACUGACGAUGUGGACCCUGCUCCGGAAGUUGAAGAAGAAACAAAAGUGCUGAUUGUAGCCACAAUCGCUUGGGUACUGCGGAAAUGCAAUCGAGCUAUCAUGCUGGUGCAGAUAUUUCUCAUUGCAAUGAAGCCAGGUUUCAUCCAUGCUGUAUAUAUGAUAUUCUUUUUCCUAUAUUUAUUGAGCCACCGCAUCAGCACAAGAGUGCAACAAUCCCUACUUCUUCUGUGUGAGAUUCAUUUCGCGAUCUUGUACACUCUCCAGAUAACUCUGAUCUCUGGAGUAAGGGAGAAAAGUGAGACCACAAGUUGGGAAAUUUUAUCUCAAUUAGGUCUCCUUGAAUGUGAUAGCUCCUGGAGUUUUGUGGAAAUAGCUUUGCUUGCAUGUUUUUGUGCCAUUCAGAAGCAUGGUCACAAAGUUCUGUUUUCGUUCUCCGCUAUUGUGCAGCACACACCUCGCCCACCAAUUGGAUUUAGCAUUUUGAAAGCUGGUUUGAAUAAGUCAGUUUUGUUGUCUGUUUACGCCAACAAUAAUGAAGAUGAUGAUAACCCCUCCCAAGAGAGAAAAGUGGCUUCAUAUCUCAGCGCGAUAGGCCAGAAGUUCCUGUCAUUGUAUCGUUCAUUUGGCACUUACAUCGCAUUUGUAACUAUACUUAUCACAGUUUACAUGUCAAGGCCCAAUUAUGUGUCAUUUGGGUACCUCUUUCUUCUCCUUUUCUGGAUUACUGGUAGACAACUUGUUGAGAAGACAAGAAAGCGUCUAUGGUUCCCAUUGAAAGUAUAUUCAAUUGUGAUGUUUAUUCUCAUAUAUAUUUUGAGCAUCUUCCCCAGUUUUGAAUCAUGGAUAUCCACAAAAGUUGAUAUUUAUACAUAUCUUGGCUACAAUUCAGAAACAUCAGUCUUUGAAAAUGUUUCCGAAUCCUUGGCGAUAACAAUCGCAAUGCAACUUUACAGCUACGAGAGGAGACAAAACAGGUAUCCUAACUUAGAGGACACAAAUCGGCUGCAAUUUGGGGUGAUUGGGUUCAUUAGAAGGCUUCUUAUAUGGCACAGUCAAAAAAUUUUGUUUGCUGCUAUGUUCUACGCCUCAAUAUCUCCAAUAAGUGCAUUUGGUUUCUUUUAUCUUCUUGGAACCGUCUUCUGCUCGAUUUUGCCAAAAGCGUCGAGGGUACCAUCCAAAUCAUUUUUAGUUUACACAGGAGUUCUUGCGUCAUCAGAGUAUUUAUUCCAGUUAUGUGGGGACCAAGCUGCGAUGUUUCCUGGGCAAAAGUACUCCGCUUUGUCUAACUUUCUAGGUUUAAAGGUAUAUCAGCCUGGACCUUGGGGGUUGGAAGCAGGUUUAAGGGCUAAGGUACUGGUGAUUGCUGCAUGUACCCUUCAAUAUAAUGUCUUUCAUUGGUUAGAGAUGAUGCCCAGUUGGCUUUCAGGUGUAGGUCAAUGGGAAGAACCUUGCCCAUUGUUUUUUUCUGAAGAAGAUGUGUUACCAAUUGCCUCCAUUUCAAAUGGAGAUAACACUCCAUCUGUUAAGAAAAUGGGGUUGAGAACCAGCAGCUCAUGGCCGCCAAACAUCCAAGAAUUGUCUGGUGAUGCGGGUGUGGCACCAGGAAUAUCCAACAGUAGCAGCAGGCGAUAUAUGCUCGGAUCUUUCUUGGGAAGGGUUAACGAGAACCAAAAAUGGAACAAAAAACAAGUUCUUUCCUUGAGAAAGGAGAGGUUCGAUAUGCAGAAGGCUUCCCUAAGGAUAUAUUUGAAGUUUUGGAUGGAGAACAUGUUCAUCCUCUUUGGCCUUGAGAUUAACACGAUUGUGUUGCUUCUUGCAAGCUUUGCUCUUCUUAAUGCCAUAUCUUUGCUGUAUAUUGCAUCACUUGCUGCUUGUGUUCUUCUAGGCCGGCAAUUAGUACAAAGAUCAUGGUCGUUAUUUGUCGUCUUGUUUGCUAGUGUUCUCUUACUUGAAUAUUUUGCUAUUUGGAAGACUGAAAGGUCUUUAAGUGAACUUGCUCCAGGUGAGGCUACCUUGCAUUGCCAUGAUUGCUGGAGGAAUUCGGAAUCUCAUUUCAGCUAUUGCCGAUACUGCUGGCUAGGACUUGCUGUUGAUGAUCCAAGAGUGCUGAUCAGUUAUUUCCUAGUCUUCAUGUUUGCAUGUUUCAAGCUUCGAGCUGAUAGAUUUUGCAGUUUCUCGGGAUCAUAUACAUACCGCCAAAUGAUUUCUCAACGUAAGAAUGCUUUUGUUUGGCGAGACCUCUCUUUGGAAACCAAAACCAUUUGGACUCUUCUUGACUAUUUGAGACUAUACUGCUAUUGUCAUCUGUUGGAUCUCGUGUUUGCCUUGAUCUUAAUCACUGGAACUCUUGAGUACGAUAUUUUGCAUCUUGGAUAUCUUGCUUUUGCUCUAACCCUGUUCCGGCUGAGGCUUACGAUACUAAAGAAAAAAAACAAGAUCUUUAAGUGGUUGCGGAUAUACAACUUCGCAGUCAUUGUUCUCUCUCUUGCAUAUCAAUCCCCGUUCGUGGGUGCUUUUAAUGAUGGGAAGUGUGAAACCAUAGACUAUGUUUAUGAGGUUAUUGGAUUUUACAAGUAUGACUAUGGAUUUCGGAUUACCUCAAGAUCUGCGUUGGUUGAGAUUAUCAUAUUCAUUCUGGUAUCAUUGCAGUCAUACAUGUUUUCCUCCCCAGAGCUCAAUUAUGUAUUUCAAUAUCUUGAAGCUGAGCAAAUUGGUGCCAUCGUACAUGAACAAGAGAAGAAGGCUGCAUGGAAAACUGAACAGUUACAGCAUAUUCGUGAAGAUGAGGAGAAGAAGCGUCAGCGUAAUAUGCAAGUCGAAAAGAUGAAAUCUGAAAUGCUUAACUUACAGAUUCAGCUUCACGCUACAUGUCCCGUUCAUGCUCAUGGUAGUGAUGAUUCACCUCAUUGUGAAGGUUUACGGAGAAGGAGAGCCGUCUCUCUAAAUACAGAUCAUACCAAUCAGAAUGUCCACAAAGAGGAAGACAUUUUUAAGAAACAAGAGUCAGAUAGUAAUGUGGACUUCGCAUUUCCUUUCGACUUUCAUGGAACUGAAAGCUAUUCAGCACUUGGGUCUCCAAAACAUUCACAUCUUAUUGAAGUCGCUGAGUUUGAAGAGGAUGACACAGAGAUAGAAAAGAAACACAAAAGCCUUAGGAGAGAAAGUACAUUGAUAUCUGCUGUACAGUUGAUAGGUGAUGGUGUUUCUCAGGUACAGUCAAUUGGCAAUCAGGCAGUUUCCAACAUAGCAAACUACUUGAAUAUCCCUCCARAAGAUUUAGAUUCAGAUGACCCUACUUCACUUGCCGCGACUGGUAGACAUAGUGAGACAGAAAGCCAAAAUGGGAGUCGCAUGGCUUCGAAUCGUUCAUCUUCUCUUCAUUCUGAAAAAAGUAGAACUAGUUCCGAUUCAGCAAGUUGUGGGAAAAUAUUUCAACAUAUAUGGGGCCAGAUGCAAUCAAAUAAUGAUGUCGUGUGCUAUUGUUGCUUCCUGCUUGUAUUUCUUUGGAACUUUAGCCUGCUUUCUAUGGUGUAUCUUGCAGCUCUCUUCUUGUAUGCUCUAUGUGUGAACACUGGACCUAAUUAUAUUUUUUGGGUUGUAAUGCUGAUCUACACAGAGUUCUAUAUCUUGAUUCAGUACGUAUAUCAGAUCAUCAUCCAGCAUUGUGGUUUCACCAUCGAAUCGAUCUCUCUUCCAGAGUGGGGAUUUCCCACAAACAGAAUAACCUCUUCAUUCGUUAUCAGUUUGUUGCCACUUUUUCUAGUCUACCUAUUUACCCUCAUUCAGAGCUCUAUAACUGCCAAAGACAGUGAACAUAUUUUCUCAACCGAGUUCAGCAGUCUUACAGGGAAAAUUGUCAACCCUAAGGAGGUUCUUUUUAGUUCAAGCUGGAGAGAAAAUACACAAAGGAUGCUUCAGCUUGCAACAAAUAUUGCCAAACUGAUCAUUGGAAAUUGUCUUAGAUACUGGAAAUCACUGACACAAGAAGCAGAAUCUCCCCCUUACUUUAUCCAGUUAUCACUAGAUGUUCAUUCAUGGCCAGAAUACGGGAUUCAACCAGCAAGCGUUGAAUCUGGAGUAAACGAACUUCUUAGAUUUGUUCAUAAUUCAAGAUGCAAGGAAUCAAACCCUGACACUUGCUCUUGUGCCAGUAAUGUCGUAGUUCGCAGUAUUGAAAAGAGUAAAGACAACCCGAAUGUGGCCUUGGCUGUUUUUGAGGUCACAUAUGCAUCCCCAAGGGAGGAAUGUAUUUUAGCCGAAAGGUACAUGUCUCUGACGCCUGCAGCUGAUGUAGCAAAGGAGAUAGCAGAAGCCCAAGAUGCUUGUCUUUCUAAACAACUAGGAUUUCCAUAUUCUAUUAUCUCGAUAAUAGGGGGAGGCAAAAGAGAGAUUGAUCUAUAUGCCUAUAUAUUCGGUGCGGAUUUGGUUGUUUUCUUUUUGGUUGCCAUCUUCUACCAAUCUGUUAUAAAGAACAAAAAUGAGUUUCUAGACGUUUAUCAGCUUGAAGAUCAGUUUCCAAAGGAGUUUGUCUUCAUGUUGAUGGCUAUCUUCUUCUUGAUUGUCCUUGAUCGUGUUAUAUAUCUACGUUCAUUCGCCACCGGUAAAGUGAUCUUUUACAUCUUUAACCUCAUAAUAUUCACAUACUCCGUCACCGAGUAUGCCUGGAGUAUGGAACCUUCACAGCAUAAUGCAGCAGGUUUGGCACUCCGUGCGAUAUAUCUUACUAAAGCUAUUUCUCUGACCCUGCAAGCGAUGCAAAUACGAGCAGGGGUUCCACAUAAGAGCACUUUAUAUAGGCAAUUUCUGACUAGCAGUAUUUCUAGAGUUAAUUAUUUGGGUUGCCGGCUCUACCGUGCACUGCCGUUCCUCUAUGAAUUGAGGUGUGUUCUUGAUUGGUCAUGCACCACCACAUCUUUGACAAUGUAUGACUGGCUCAAGUUGGAGGACAUAAAUGCAAGUUUGUACCUUGUCAAAUCUGAUGCAGUUCUGAACAGGGCAGAUCAUAGACAAGGAGAGAAGCAGAAGAAAGUUACUAAAUUUUGCAAUGGCUUAUGCUUAUUCUUUGUAUUAAUCUGCGUCAUCUGGGCUCCUAUGCUUAUGUAUAGUAGUGGUAACCCGACAAACAUAGCAAACCCGAUUAACGAUGCCAGCGUUCAGUUUCAUAUAAAGACAAAUGGUGGACGGUUGAUGUUAUACGAGACAACUCUAUGUGCAAUUACACCAUGGAAUGUGUUGAGACGUUUUGUUGAUCUUGACCCUAAUAAUUAUCUUGAUUCAUAUAAUGUGGAUGAUAUUCAAAUGAUAUGUUGCCAUGCUGAUGCCAUUAGUUGGUGGCUUGUUCCUGAUGCUAUUCAAAGAAGAUUCAUUCAGUCUCUUGAUAUGGCCAUGGAUAUGAAAUUCUCUUGGGUACUCACACGAGACCGUCCUAAGAACAAAGAAGUUGUAAAAUACGAACAAACAAUACAACGAUCAGAUCUUCCCAAACCAUCGGACCUCGAGAAUGUUCUUAAUGGUUCCAGCGACAGCUUUAGAAUAAAUAACACUUUUCCAAGGUACUUUCGAGUAACUGGUUCUGGGGAUGUCAGACUCUUCGACCAAAAGGCAGGCGGUGUGGACGCAAAACUUCUCCUGAAUCGUCGAGGGGAUUCAGAAUGGUGGUCCUUUUUCGAUAUUGAUUGGUUCAAUUCAAAUGUGUGUGGAGAUUUGAUGGGCCCCAAGGCCAUUGUCGUCUCAGAGGAAACACCACAGGGGCUUCUUGGUGAGACGUUGAGCAAAUCCAGUAUAUGGGGUCUCUACAUUACAUUUGUGUUAGCAGUUGGUCGCUUCAUAAGGCUUCAGUGCUCUGACUUGAGAAUGAGAAUCCCAUUUGAAAACCUUCCCUCUUGCGACAGGUUGAUUGCAAUUUGUGAGGAUAUAUAUGCUGCUAGAGCUGAGGGGGAGCUGGUAGUGGAGGAGGUUUUAUAUUGGACAUUGGUGAAAAUAUACAGGUCACCACACAUGCUGCUAGAAUACACCAAUCCUGAUUGA